AUGGCCAACAAAGGUGGUGGGCUGUUCCGGUAUGCUGAUGGGGUAGACAAAGUGCUGUUGUUUUUGGGAACUUUGGGUAGCAUUGGAGAUGGAAUGAUGUCCUCUGUUAACAUGUACAUACUCAGCGGUGCACUGAACGAUUAUGGAUCCUCUCAUCAGUCUUUCUCUAAUCAAAUAGUCGACAAGUAUGCACUUAGGCUACUUUAUUCUGCAAUUGGAGUGGGAAUAUCUGCUUUCAUCGAGGGAGUUUGUUGGACAAGAAGUGCAGAGAGGCAGGCAUCUCGCAUGAGAAUUGAAUACUUAAAAUCAGUUCUCAGGCAACAAGUUGGUUUCUUCGAGGAUCUAACGGAUUCUUCCUCAACAUUCCAGGUCAUCUCUACUGUCACUUCCGAUGCUCAUUCGAUCCAAGAUACCAUUGCCGACAAGAUACCAAACUGCCUGGCCCACCUCACAUCAUUCAUCUUAAGCCUUGUGGUAGCCUUCAAACUUUCAUGGCGACUAACAUUGGCUGCUUUACCAUUCGCACUGAUGUUCAUUACCCCGGGACUCGGAUUUGGUAAGGCACUGAUGAGUAUAGGAGCAGAGAUGAAGGCUGCUUACGGUAAUGCAGGUGGGAUUGCGGAGCAAGCAAUCUCCUCGAUUCGAACAGUUUAUUCGUAUGUUGCUGAGCGCGAAACGCUGGAAAACUUCAGCAAUGCUCUUCAGAAAAGUAUGGAGCUAGGGAUGAAGCAGGGUUUUACUAAAGGAUUGCUGAUCGGAAGUAUGGGAAUCAUUUAUGCAGCAUGGGCUUUUCAAGCUUGGGUUGGUGGUGUUCUUGUGACUGAAAAAGGAGAAAACGGCGGUGAUGUUUUCAUCGCCGGGAUCUGUAUCAUCUUGGGAGGAUUGUCUGUUAUGAGUGCACUUCCAAAUCUAUCAUUCAUUUCAGAGGCAAGACAUUCUGCCUCGAAGAUUUUCGAGAUGAUCGAUCGAAAUCCGAAUAUACACUCAGAAAACGGAAAGGAAAAACUCCUAUCACACGUGAGAGGAGAAGUUGAAUUUAAAGAAGUAGAUUUCAGUUAUCCAUCAAGGCCAGAAACCCUUGUUCUGCAUGGAUUCAAUCUUAAAGUGCAAGCAGGAAAGAUGGUAGGCCUCGUUGGAGGGAGUGGUUCAGGCAAGUCCACAGCCAUUUCUUUGCUUGAAAGAUUUUAUGACCCUGUCAAUGGAGAUAUUCUUCUGGAUGGACACAACAUAAAGAAGCUUCAGCUUAAAUGGUUGAGAUCCCAAAUGGGACUGGUUAAUCAAGAACCAAUUCUCUUUGCAACAUCCAUAAAAGAAAACAUUCUCUUUGGCAAGGAAGAUGCGUCAAUGGAGCUUGUCAUUAAGGCAGCAAAGGCCGCGAGUGCACAUGAUUUCAUUGUGAAGUUGCCCAAUGGAUAUGAAACUCAAGUAGGACAAUUGGGGCUUCAGUUAUCAGGAGGGCAGAAGCAACGGGUCGCCAUCGCAAGGGCUUUGAUCCGUGACCCCAAGAUCCUUCUUCUUGAUGAAGCAACGAGCGCAUUGGAUGCACAAUCUGAAAAGAUAGUGCAAGAAGCCUUGGAUCAUGCCUCACAUGGAAGAACUACCAUUAUUGUUGCACAUCGCCUUUCCACAAUCCGUAAAGUGGAUUUGAUAGCGGUUGUUCAAUCAGGAAGAGUUAUCGAAUCCGGUUCUCACGAUGAACUUAUCCAAAUGAACAAUGGAGCAGGAGGGGCCUAUAAGAAAAUGGUCCAGUUGCAGCAAACAGCAACACAAAAUGAAGAAUCUAAUGGUCUGUUUCAUCUAACAGAAGCUAGACACAACCUUAUGAAUCGAACUCCGGGGACUCCAGUAAGUGUGAGAUCUAGCUAUCAAAGCAGCCCUGCAUAUCCUCUUAGCCCAGCAUAUGCUUUCAGUCCAGUAAUUUCCUACACUAUUGCGAGCUCGGUCGAAAUGCAUCUGAACGAAAACCGAAAUGACAAGAACAUAAACAAGUCUUCACUCUCAGGGUGGCGUUUGCUUCAGAUGAAUGCACCUGAGUGGAAGAGAACCUUAAUGGGGUGUUUUGGAGCCGUUAGCAGCGGAGCAAUUCAACCAAUCUAUGCCUAUUGCAUGGGAACAGUUGCCUCCGUCUACUUUCUCAAAGAUAGUUCCAAGCUGAAAUCAGAAAUCAGAUUGUACAGCUUGAUUUUCUUGGGACUAGCAGUUGCAAGUUUCUUUGCUAAUCUCCUGCAACAUUACAAUUUUGCAAUCAUGGGGGAACGGUUAGUGAAAAGGGUUCGAGAAAAAACACUUGCAAAAGUGCUGACCUUCGAGAUUGGGUGGUUUGAUGAAGAUGAAAACUCAAGUGCCGCCAUUUGUGCACGGUUAUCUACUGAAGCCAGCACAUUUCGGUCAUUCAUUGCAGAUCGUAUGUCAUUGCUGGUUCAGGUUUUCUUCAGUGCUUCCUUAGCCUUUCUGUUUUCUUUGAUUGUUACAUGGAGGAUUGCCAUUGUUAUGAUUGCCUUUCAGCCAUUACUCAUUGGGAGCUUCUACUCCAGAAGUGUUCUAAUGAGAAGUAUGUCUGAGAAAGCCCAAAAAGCACAAAAUGAAGGAAGCCAGUUAGCAAGUGAAGCCAUUGUUAACCAUAGAACUAUUACUGCCUUUUCUUCUCAGAAAAAGAUAUUAAAUCUCUUUGUAGAAACAAUGAGAGGGCCCCGACAACAAAGCAUCAAACAAGGCUACAUUUCUGGGUUUGGUCUGUUUAGCUCUCAAUUCCUCACAACAGCCUCCAUAUCACUAACAUUCUGGUAUGGGGGAAGACUGAUAACUCAAGGAUUGGUGACCCCAAAGCAUCUCUUCCAAGCAUUCUUCAUAUUGAUGAGCACAGGUAAAAACAUUGCUGACACAGGAAGUAUGACUUCGGAUUUGGCUAAAGGUGGCGGUGCCAUAAAAAGAAUAUUUGCAAUUCUGGACCGGAGGAGUGAGAUUGAACCUCAUGAAGAUGGUAAAGGGAUUGAAGUGGAGGAAAGUAAUAAGGGGGAGAUUGAAUUGAAGGGUGUAUUCUUUGCUUACCCUGCAAGGCCUAACCAGAUGAUCUUCAGAGGCCUGUGCCUCAAAAUUAAAGCAGGCAAAACGCUGGCACUUGUGGGGCAAAGUGGAUCCGGGAAAUCCACCAUUAUUGGGUUGAUUGAAAGGUUUUAUGACCCACAAAGUGGAUCCAUAUUCAUAGAUGGUUACGAUAUCAAGAGCUACAACUUGAGGAAUUUGAGGUCACAUAUUGCAUUAGUGAGUCAAGAGCCCACUCUUUUUGCAGGCACCAUCCGACAGAACAUUGCCUAUGGAAAAGUGGAAGCCAAAGAAGCUGAAAUCAGGAAAGCUGCCAUCCUAGCCAAUGCUCAUGAAUUUAUAAGUUCCAUGAAAGAUGGAUACGAGACUUAUUGUGGUGAAAGAGGAAUAAAGCUAUCGGGAGGGCAGAAGCAAAGGAUAGCAUUGGCUCGAGCCAUACUAAAGAACCCAAUGAUCCUGCUCUUAGACGAGGCAACCAGUGCACUUGAUAGUGAGUCAGAGAGUCUAGUCCAAAAAGCAUUAGAGAAGAUGAUGGUUCGAAGAACAAGUGUAGUUGUGGCUCAUCGAUUGUCAACCAUAGAAAAGGCAGAUUCAAUAGCUGUGAUAAAGAAUGGGAAAGUGGUUGAACAGGGAUCCCAUUCCAGUCUGCUAGGUAUUGGUCGGGCAGGGGCUUACUACUCUCUAAUCAACCUUCAAACUGGUCACUCUCCCUACCGAUGAACCAUUGCUGAAUGGGAAUUGCUUUCUUUCUUAUCGUCUUUAUAGUGUUUAACAUGAAAUGAAUGGUUGCUGAAAGUUGAUAAAUUGUUAUAGUUAAUAUGAGAAAUCGGUUUAUUGUGUGGAAACCCCAAAUUCUCAAAACGACGUAACACUUCUACAUCGAAAGAAUUAAACCCAUGGUGAAGAAAACGGCUUUAAUUAAGUUCUUAACAGCCAAGAGGAAGCCGUAUCUGCAAU